GAACGAUGGACAGCUUCAUUUCUGCCAUACAGAUUGCGUUCUCUUUGAUGGAGGAACCGUCGUGGAUUAUUUGGGCAAGGUCAAAACCUUCCUCGACGCGAACCCAAACGAAGUCAUCACGCUACUAUUCACCAAUCCCGAGGGUGCAUCGAUUGCCGAUGUGUGGAAGCCUGCAUUUGAUGACUCUGGUAUAACCCCACUUACGUUCGUACCCCCUCAUCAACCAAUGAAACGGUCCGAAUGGCCUACACUUGGUGAGCUCAUCGAUAGCGGAAAACGAGUGGUUGUUUUCCUAGAUGCAGGUGCGGAGAAUGGAGGUGUUGAGUCUAUUCUUCCUGAAUUUACGAUGAUCUGGGAACCCCCUUUCAGCUCCACAGACAAGAAUUUUCCAUGUCGUGUUGACCGAAUCGAAGGCCCACUGACCCCCGCUGAUCAUAUGUACAUGCUCAAUCAUAAUUUGAAUGUGGAAAUCGUGGACGGAGUGCUUCUUAGUGACAGAGUGGAUGCACCUACAACAAAUGGGAUUGCUUCGAUUAUGGCAAAUGCAAAUGGAUGUAGGGGAUUUGCGGACGGAUUACCACCCAAUUUCGUGAUGUUGGAUUAUGUUAAUGUCGGACAGGGAUUGACAGCAGUAAAUCAGUUGAAUGGGUUGGCGUAA